AUGAUAUGUUUAAGAUUGUCAAGAUCUGUUGAAUUUAGGCGAUGUUUAUCAACGAAGAAAUUUAGUUUCAAGAAGAGCAAAUCAACAAAUCCACGCCUAGGGGAUUCAAAGAAAAAGGAAUCCAUUCAUCCAACUUCCCCAGCUAGAACCAGGUUUGCACCCUCCCCUACCGGCUACUUACAUUUGGGAUCAUUAAGGACGGCAUUGUAUAAUUAUUUAUUAGCCAAAAAUACUGGAGGUCAAUUCUUAUUGCGUUUGGAAGAUACAGAUCAAAAGAGAUUAAUUGAUGAUGCAGAAUCAAAUAUUUACAAUACUUUGAAAUGGUGUGGAAUAAACAUAGACGAAGGACCAAAUGAGGGAGGUGAGUACGGACCUUACAGGCAAUCAGAUAGAAUGGCUAUAUAUCAAAAGUAUGUUGAUAUUUUAUUAAAAUCUGGUGAUGCUUAUUAUUGUUACUGUUCAAAAGAUAGGUUAAAUACUUUGCGGGAAACGGCAAGUCAAUUAAAGCCUCCUACAACUGUAACCUAUGAUAGGAAAUGUUAUCAUGAUAAGAAGGAAACAGAAAACAUGGAACGUGUUAUUAGAUUCAAGGCACCUGAUAAAUACGAACCAUUUACCGAUUUAAUUCAUGGACAAUUAAAUCUACAGCCUCAAUAUAAUAAUUCUGAUCGCCGUUAUGAUGACUUUAUCAUUAUGAAGUCGGACGGAUUGCCUACAUAUCAUUUAGCUAACGUUGUGGAUGAUCAUUUAAUGAAAAUUACGCAUGUUAUACGAGGUGAAGAAUGGCUUCCUGCAACUCCAAAACAUAUUGCCCUCUAUAGAGCUUUCGGUUGGGAACCACCAAAAUUUAUACAUAUACCAUUACUUACCUCAUUAGAAGAUAAAAAGUUAUCAAAAAGAUCGGGUGACAUAGGAAUCUUGAGUAUGAAAAAGAAAGGUAUUUUACCUGAGGCUGUUGUAAACUUUUGUGCAUUAUUCGGUUGGUCCCCACCUAGAUUGGUUUCUGGUGUAAGUACAAGUGAAGUGAUGACCCUAAAAGAUUUGAUUGAAAAAUUUUCUUUGGACUACCUAACUAAAGGUAAUGCAAAGGUCAGCGAUUCGAAAUUACAUUUCUUUAAUAAAAACCACUUAACAAACAAGCUCAAAGAUCCUCAAAUGCUUGAUGAACUUGUGGAAGAAUACUAUCCUGAAUUUCAGCAAUCCACCAAAACCUCUCAUGAUAAACAAUACUUGAAAAAUGUCUUAAAAGUAAUUGGUUCAAAUCUUAAUUCCCUAAAUGAGCUUGGACAGAUGCACUCGUAUUUAUUUAAAGGUAUAGAUCAUUCGAAAUUGGAUCAAAGUAACAUACCUGUACAAUCAAAGGAAAUUUUGCAAAUUUUAACAGAUCUUCCUAAGGGACACUCUUUUAGUAGCAACGUUGAUACGGUAUUGCACCAAAUACCAGGAAUAAAGAAAAAAGAUGUAUUUCAAGCGGUUAGAUUUGCAGUAUCCGGAGGAAUACCUGGCUUAACUAUACCUUUAUUAAUUGAAGUAAUCGGUGACAGCGAAUAUCACUCUAGGCUUCAGAAUGCCAUAAAAUACUUAUAA